GAAAUGUUUCGUCUUCAAAUCCUUUUAAUAUUCACCGCUUUAAUUCUCUUUUGCAGUGCAGGAAUUCCAUACCGCAGUACUAAAGAAUGUGGCGUAAAUGAAUAUUAUCGCGAAAACGCCAGUGCUUGUAGGCCAUACUGCAACCAAGAUCCUCAUGAAUUGGAUCUGGAAGUUUGUAAUUCGAGAUCCAAUCCGGGUUGCUAUUGUUUGCCUGGUUACACCAGAGAGGUAAGCGACAGUUUCAAUUGCGUUCCGGAAGAAGAUUGUAAAUUUUUACCAAAGUGUGGGCCAAACCAAAUUUACAAAGUCUGCCCGAAUUUUUACAUUAAAACUUGCUCCAAUUUAACACCCACGACAUACGAUGGAAGAUGCAAUAAAGGUUGUGAAUGCAAGGAUGGAUUUGUUAGGGUAGUGAACAGUCAGGAGAGUGAUUGCGUGCCAGAAUCGCAAUGUGCGAUGUAUUAUAAAUAA